AUGAAGCUCAGUUGUCUAAUUUUCUAUACAGCUAGUGCACUCUGCUGGCUGGGAGUUCCCACUACACCCUUCACCGAAACAGGGGGGAAUUAUGAGCUCUCCAAGCUCUCUGGUAUUGUAGUAGAUUCGCAAUAUUCGGACGCAGUGGACAAUGAUGGGCAGACUUUGAUCCCACCGACCCUUCUGCAAUUUGCGGAGACUUUUCAGGGAGACCUCAAGUCGGUCUUGGGAUUGGAUAUAAAGGUUUCGCAAGGGACGAAGCGCGAGGUGAAUACCAUAUUUAUGACCUUGGCAAAUCAAACUGGAUUCCAGGAUGUUGCAGGCCGAUUUACCUCUGAGGCUUAUGCCUUAACGGUCGAUGAUCGAGGCGUGGUCAUCACCGGAUCCAGUCCUCUCGGUGCAUGGUGGGGGACACGAUCGGUGAUUCAAGCUGCUGUCAUUGGAGAUUUGAGUCUGGCAAAAGGAUCUGGUGUGGAUGCUCCUGGAUGGGGUACUCGUGGCGCAAUGCUCGAUGCGGGGCGAAAGUACCAUCCACCAGAGUUCCUAAUUGAGAUGUGCUCGUAUCUCUCAUUCUUCAAGCAGAACACAUUCCACGUUCAUGUCAGUGAUAACCUCUACAACAAUGUCGACCGCUAUUCCGCAGAACGGUCAAUGGAACUGUAUGCAGCAUUCCGGCUUUGGUCGGACGACGAGGCUGUAGCAGGUCUGAAUCGCCGCGCCAAUGAAUCCUACACCCGCGAACAAUUCGACCACGUUCAGACACAGUGCGCGAAGCGGGGUGUUACCAUUAUUCCCGAGAUUGAAGCACCUGGCCAUGCGCUCGUCAUUGUUCAAUGGAAGCCAGAGCUGGGACUCGAUGACUUGAGUAUGCUCAACAUUAGCCACCCGGAUACUAUUCCGACUAUGAAGACUAUUUGGCGCACUUUCUUGCCUUGGUUUCACAGCAAGACUGUACACAUCGGUGCCGAUGAAUACGAUAGUAGUCUUGUCACGGACUAUACGCACUUUGUAAAUGAAAUGAACACCUUUAUCCAAGAGCAGUCAUCGGGCCGUCAGCAGAUGCGCAUCUGGGGUACUUUCACACCAAAAGAGGGUGCCAAUAUAUCCAAAUCGGUGACUUAUCAACACUGGGAUGUGAGUGCCGACGAGCCAUACUAUGACUAUAUUCAGAAUGGAUAUAACGUCCUCAACUCUGACGACUACAUGUAUCUCGUUGGCGGGUGGUCCGGCUCGUUCGCCCAAAAGCUGGAGCUGAGCAAAAUCUUCCAAGGUCCAUACGGUGCACCGUUCUCGCCAAGCAUAUUCGACAGCUCCAAAAAGGAUGAUAACCCUCCCAGAAAUAGCCCGCGGGUGCUGGGUCACGCUGCUGCUCUGUGGAACGACUACGGUCCAAACUCCACAACUGUCCUGCAAACCUAUUAUUCCUGGCGUAACGCCCUCCCUGCACUUGCUGAUAAGCAGUGGGGAGGCAAUAUCACUGAGGCAGAUUAUGCAUCUGUCUUCGAUCAGCUCCAGGCCGCAGUACCAGCCCAGAACUUGGACCGGCGAAUCCCUAGCAAGUCCGAUACGAUGCUGCACUAUACUUUUGACGGAAACUCGAACACCGUGACCGACCAUUCGGGCAACGGGUACGAUGGAAAGUUGCACGGCUGUAAGGUCUCCGACUCGACCCUCCAUCUCGCAAGCGGAUGCUAUCUUGAGACACCACUGGGAAGCAAGGGGCGUGACUAUACACUCUCGUUCAAGGUCAAACCCACCUCCCACACAUCAGGAACAUUAUUCUAUGGACCAGACUCAAGCUUUGUUAAUGGCAAUGGUACCAUCUCCAAUGCGACUCUGAUCAGUGGCGGGAAUCCAUAUUCGCUCAACUAUACCCUCCCUUUAAACGCUUGGACGGACGUCAGUUUGAUUGGACGAGGAAAUACCACCUUGUUGACAGUCUCUGAAUCUGGGAGUGGAUCUCGGACUAUGGAAUUCCUGACAAAGAUUGGGGUUAAUGGUGAAUACUUCGUGUGGGCUCCUAUUGCUAUCGAAGCGCCCUUGGCUCGGAUUGGAGAGGGAUUCACAGGGUCUAUGAAGGAAAUUGUGCUGAAGGGGGUGCAUAGGGAUAUUUAUUAG